ACAGUGUCAAACUGUAAAAAAUGGCGGACCCAAGUUUCAACAAGAACCGUAUCCAAAACUUCAAGAACAAAGGCAAAGAUCAAGAUGAGAUGCGAAGGAGAAGAAAUGAGGUCACGGUCGAACUUAGGAAAAAUAAACGAGAAGAAACCCUGCAAAAAAGGCGGAAUGUACCAGUCAUUGACUCUACUGAUGAAGAUGACAUUGAGAAGUCUUUAUCAAAUACAAACUUAGAGCAGCUGGUUGCUGAAGCUAAUGCAGAUGACAAUCCCCCAAUGCAGCUGAUAGCAGUGCAGUCAGCAAGAAAACUGCUUUCUUCAGAUAGAAAUCCACCCAUUGACACAUUGAUUGCUAGUGGAAUUCUUCCAAUUCUCGUGAGAUGUUUAGAAAGACAAGAUAAUCCCUCAUUGCAAUUCGAAGCUGCUUGGGCUCUUACAAAUAUAGCAUCUGGCACUUCACAGCAAACAAACAAAGUGGUGGGAGCAGGAGCAGUACCUUUAUUCCUCAUGCUGUUACACUCCCCCCAUCAAAAUGUCUGUGAACAGGCUGUAUGGGCAUUAGGAAACAUCAUUGGUGAUGGACCCAUUCUCAGGGACUAUGUUAUUGAAAUGGGUGUGGUAGAGCCUUUGCUGUCCUUUAUCAAACCUGAAAUACCAAUUUCCUUCUUGAGGAAUGUUACUUGGGUGAUUGUUAAUCUUUGUAGGAAUAAAGAUCCUCCUCCAAAGAUCCGUACAAUAGAGGAAUUGUUACCUGCUCUUAAUGCACUUAUCCAUCAUACAGAUGUAAAUAUCCUAGUGGAUACCGUGUGGGCGCUGAGCUACCUCACAGACGGCGGCAACGACCAGAUCCAGAUGGUGAUCGAGAGCGGCGUCGUGCCCAAGCUGAUCCCUUUGCUCAGCCACAAGGAGGUCAAAGUGCAGACGGCCGCCCUCCGAGCGGUCGGCAACAUUGUCACCGGCACCGACGAACAGACGCAGGUCGUGCUGAACUGCGACGCCCUGUCGCACUUCCCCUCGCUCCUGAACCACCCCAAAGACAAGAUCAGGAAAGAGGCGGUGUGGUUCCUUUCGAACAUCACGGCGGGUAAUCAGUCACAGGUGCAGGCGGUCAUCGAUGCCGGUCUUCUGCCCAGCAUCAUCCACAACAUCAGCAAGGGCGAUUUCCAGACCCAAAAAGAAGCCGCCUGGGCCAUCAGCAAUUUGACGAUAGGGGGUAACAAACACCAAGUGGCUAGGUUAAUCCACGAGGGGGUCAUCCCGCCAUUCUGUGAUCUUCUGAAUUGCAAAGAUGCGAUGGUCAUUCAGGUGGUGUUGGACGGAAUCAACAACAUGCUGAAGAUGUCCGGACCGCAGGUCGAACAGCUGUGCACUAUGAUCGAGGAGUGCAACGGGCUCGAUAAGAUCGAGGCCCUACAGAAUCAUGACAAUAUCGAUAUUUACAAGUUGGCGUACGAGAUCAUCGAACAGUACUUCAGCGGAGAGGCUGAGGAUGAUCCCAAUUUGGCGCCGACAGCAGGCGAAAGCGGAUUCACAUUCGAUCCCAACACGAACCUUCCCAACGAAGGUUUCAAAUUCUGAUCCAAUUUCUUCUAGCCAAAUAAUUACUGAAAGUAAUUAUCCAGAUGUUCGUUAGCGAGAUACUGAAGAGCUCUGCUUCCUUACUUAUAAUAUAUCAAACUAUGGCUAUGUGACACGUAAACACACACACACACAAACAGACAUUAUGUACGUUCAUUUUAAGGUAUCUUGUAUAUAUUAUAUAUUUUUUUAUAUAUAUAUAAGGUGAUCGUAGAGGUUUCUUGCAAGGUGAUUCAUGAAUAUUUGGUAUGUGUCGGUAUCAAUGGUAUUGAUCAAUUGAAUCAAUAAUUUGAUUUUGAGAUUGUCACAUAGGAAGAAAAACGAAAUAUUCUCUGUAGGUUUCAAAGAUGAACAAGAAUUUCAUGUGUAAUGCGUAUUUCAUAGUAUUCGUGAUUCACCCUGUAUAUUUGGAAUAUUUAUUCAAUUUGAAUAAAAAUCAAUUGUGGUAUUUUAUUAUGGAAGUGAAAUAAAUUUCGCAUAAUAUCGAUUUUGAAUUAGGUAAAUAUUCGGUUAUUUUACAAAAUUAAAAAUGAAGAGGAAAUGUGAUGUAUAGACUCGGAUGAAAUAGAUUAAAAUGACCGUACAUAGGUGAAAAGAUCUGAGCAUGAUCCUAAGGGUAUAAUUUAUUAAUUUCUACAAAGACUUGAUGUGAUUCAAUAAUAAAAUAUUUAAUGUAUAGAUUUGAUGCAAUAAUACAUCAUGCGCAGAUUUUGUUAGAUUUUACCUUGUAUUUAUGAUAUUAUUCCCUAUUCGUUUCUGUUGGACACUUGCAUUAAACAUGAGAAAUGAAGCAAAAAUGAUGAUUCUUCCGACAGUUAACAUUGUUGAAUAUUUGUUUUUAUUUGAAUUGUACAGUGUGAAUGUACAGUACUUUAGUUCCCCACUAGACAUUCGCAUUGUAUAUUAGGGACUGCAAAAUUCUUGCUUGGUUUUACAAUUUUUUUGCCAUCUCUCCGAUGGUAGGUAUAGUGUUGAAACAGUUUUUUUCAUUUUAUU